CAGUUUGUGUAGUAAAAGCGAUCGCGAAAAGAGUUUCCAUCAUUGGAGAAAAUCAAUAUAAAUAAAAAAAAACAUAAUAAAAAAAUAAUAUAUAGUGUAAGUGUCAGCGCCGUUCACAUUGCGACACAAACACACUCGCUGCAGUGUUGCUGGUGCAUAAAAGUAAUUGUUCACUUUCCGUUUAAUUAUAUAACAGCUUUGGUGUUGCGUACAGUCGUAUAGUUCAAUUGUUGACGUGAUCGCAGAGGAGAGUGAAACACGUUUGGUUUUUCGUUUAAUUGUUUUUCUUCAAUAUGUGGUUCUUCCUCAUUUCCUUUGUUAUCGUAUUGUUGAUUUUACUGUAUUUGGAUGGCGUAAAACCAGCAAAUUUUCCACCCGGCCCGAAAUGGUAUCCUAUCAUUGGAAGUGCAUUGGAAAUGCACAACAAACGCAUACAAACUGGAAUGCUGUGCAAAGCAACUAUGAGUAUGGCCAACAAGCAUGCAUCGAAUGGUGCGAUUGGAUUCAAGGUGGGCAAAGAUAAAAUCGUUGUUGCCGUGUCGGCCGAUGCAAUUCUCGAAAUGAUGUCGAAUGAAGAUUUGGACGGUCGACCGACAGGACCGUUUUUCACAACACGAACAUGGGGUCUACGGCGUGGCAUUCUACUCGUCGACGAAGUAUUUUGGCAAGAGCAACGCCGUUUCAUUAUGCGACAUUUAAAGGAAUUUGGUUUUGCACGCCGUGGAAUGGUCGACAUGAUACAAAAUGAAAGUGAACAUUUGUUGAACGAUUUCAAAAUGCUGUUACUGCGACAGAAUGGACGAGCAAUGGUUUCGAUGCGUGAUGCAUUCAAUAUUUAUGUGUUGAAUACGCUAUGGACAAUGAUGGCCGGAAUUCGUUACAAUCAAGAAAACAAAGAGGUUCAACAUUUGCAAGGAAUGCUCUACACAUUGUUCACCAAAAUCGAUAUGGUCGGAGCGCUUUUCAGUCAUUUUCCAUUUUUACGCUUUUUGGCACCGAACUUUUCCGGUUACACGCAAUUUAAAGACAUUCAUAAAAUGCUGUACAGCUUUCUUGGCGAAGAACUGGAAAAUCAUAAGCGAAAUUUUAAAAUGGAAAAUGAACCACGUGAUUUAAUGGACGUAUAUUUGCAAGCAAUCAACAGUACCGACACACACACGGACAAUUUCAGUGAAAAACAAUUGUUAGCUGUUUGUCUGGAUAUGUUUAUCGCUGGCUCGGAAACGACAAAUAAAUCAAUGGGAUUUCUGAUGUUGCAUAUCAUACGAAAUCCAGAUGUUCAGGCAAAAAUGCAAGAAGAAAUCGAUCGGGUUAUUGGUCGUGAUCGUUUACCGACACUCGAAGAUCGUGCAAAGAUGCCAUACUGCGAGGCCACCGUUCUAGAAGCAAUCCGUAUGUUCAUGGGCUACACAUUUGGUAUUCCACAUCGUGCUUUGCGUGAUACCAAAUUCAGAGGCUUCAAUAUUCCCAAAAACACCAUGAUCAUCGCUUGCUUUUAUGGAAUGUCAUUUGAUAAAACGAUUUGGCCCGAUUCAGAUCCCGACUUUAAUUGCUUUAAAUUUUGUCCAGAUCGUUUUAUUAAGGAUGGCAAAAUCAUUAUACCUGAACGACAUUUUCCAUUUGGCGUUGGAAAGCAUCGUUGUAUGGGCGAAUUGAUGGCGCGAGCAAACAUUUUCUUAUUUACGACAACAUUAUUACAAAACUUUAAUUUUCUUGUUCCGAGUGGGCAUUCAAUUCCGACUGAUGAGCCAGUGGACGGAGCAACAGCUAGCAUACAAAACUACACGGCGCUUGUGAUAAAUCGAUAAGAAUCAACGUAUACAGAGAAAAAAAAAUUAAGAAAAUAAAAAAGCAACACAAUUUAGAAAUUUGCCUGAAUAUUACCAUUCGUAGAAUAACGAUUUUUUUGUGAACGAAAAGUGAAAAAGAAAAACCGUUGUAAACCGACAAUCUUCGUUACCGAUUUUUUUUUUUCUUGUGUUCAUAAACAUGCUUUUAUACUUAUAAUAUUUGAUUUGUGUGAAUAAACGGGGAACAUUACCGAAGAA